AAGCUGUUUAAAUGAGAAUGUCCCUGGCACAAAGAGUACUACUGACAUGGCUUUUUACAUUACUUUUCCUGAUCAUGCUGGUGCUAAAGUUGGAUGAGAAAGCACCUUGGAACUGGUUCCUCAUUUUCAUUCCAGUAUGGAUAUUUGAUACAAUUCUUCUAGUUAUGUUAAUUGUAAAAAUGGCUGGACGUUGCAAGUCUGGCUUUGACCCUCGCAAUGGCUCCCAAAACAUCAAGAAAAAAGCCUGGUAUCUCAUUGCAAUGCUACUUAAAUUAGCCUUCUGCCUUGCCCUCUGUGCUAAACUGCAACGAUUUACUACAAUGAAACUAGCCUACGUAUUUAUCCCUUUCUGGGCCUUGCUUAUUGGGGGUAUGAUUGAACUUGGAUAUAAUAUCUUCUAUGUACGAAGAGACUAAGCUAUACUAUGUGGUUUUCAGCGCCGAGAUUGGUACCAAAUUGCUGGAUUAUUAUACUUUUGCCACAAACUUGAUCUCCAAAUUAGAAUGCCAAGUACGAAAUCAAAUCAAGCUGGAGGCUUAUCUACACCAGGCUGAAGACUGAAAGUAGACUUGUUCCAUUUUUUAUUUUAAACAGUCACAUACGCUCUUGUAAAUAAAAGUACUUGUUCA